AUGAUCCCACUCUUCGCGGCCGUCGCCGCCCUCGCGCUACUGCCUGCGCACCCCACUCCGGGCCAGCGCGGUGCGCCGCUGCACAUAGGCCGCGCCGUCUCUCCGCUCGCGGCGCUCAACCGGAAGCAGCGGAGGCAUCACCUGCAGCCUUCCGGCACGCCGUACCCGACCGCGCACCCAGCCACCAACCUGGAGCCGACGGAGUGCGCCGGCGUCACGGAGGAGCACGCCUUCGAGCAGUACUUCUUCGACGAGGCGACGCGAGCGGCGCUGCUCGACCUCCUCCUCGCGCGCCACUCCCGCCCGCUGCUGCUGUGCGCGCCUUCGCUCGCCGUGGAGGCGGAGGCGCGCGGCGCGCCGUACCUGCUGCUGGACCGGGACGAGCGCUUCGGCUUCCUACGCGGCUUCCGGCCGUUCGACCUCGAGCGGCCAGAGCCGGAGACCGCGGCCGACUUCGCCUUCGACUGCGUGCUGUGCGACCCGCCGUUCAGCAACUUCGAGCUCGCGCGGCUGCGGGAGGUGCUCAAUACGCUCGGCGCGGCCGCGGCGCCACUGUACCUGUGCUACAACGCGCGGCGCGAGGGCGCGCUCGUGGACGCGUUCGCCGGCUCGGGGCGCGAGCUUGUGCGCAUGGCGGGCGGGCCGCUGGGCUACACGUCGGUCAAGGCGAGCACGCAGCAGCACAUCUUCCUCUACGGGCCGCCGUGGCCGAGCGUGGGCGUGCCUUCGUGA